CGAUCAGCUGUUAAAAUAGUAAUGAACUUCAGUGGACAGGAGAGAGAGCAAACAUGGUUUCUUCGUUGAAAUUUGGUUCUGUUAUUUUUUUAAUUAUUAACUUAAUUACUGAUCAUAUUAAUGCAGAACACGAGGAAGAUCAAUCAACCGAUCUUUAUAUUAUCGAAGGAAAAGUAUUCCCAUGGGAAAACACUGCUUCGACUGGUUGGCAGCUAAUGACUCAUGUUAUGGCUAAUGGUGGUGAACAUUAUGGAUUUUUAAGGGAAGAUGGAACAUUUGUAAUUUCUAAUGUACCAUCAGGUUCAUACAUAGUAGAAGUUGUCAAUCCAAAUUAUUUUUAUGAACCUGUUAGAGUUGAAAUUAAUUCAAAAGGAAAAUUCAGGGCACGAAAAGUUAAUUUAAUUCAAACUUCACAAAUAAUUCAAGUACCAUAUCCUUUAAAAAUGAGACCACUUUCUCCUUUCCGAUAUUUCCAAGUCAGAGAGCAAUGGAGAGUAACAGAUUUCUUAUUUAAUCCAAUGGUUUUGAUGAUGAUACUACCAUUGGUUCUAAUUAUGAUUCUACCAAAAAUCAUGAACGAUCCAGAAACUAGGAAGGAUAUGGAACAACUUAACAAUCUUACCAUAUAUAAUAUGCCAGAAAUGUCAGAAGUGAUAACAUCAUUUUUAUCUGGAGGAGAAAAACAGAAAACUAAAGCAGUGAAAGCAGCAAAGAAAAGACAAUAAGAAAUAACAAAAAUAGUAAUAUAUUUAUACCUUUCUAGUCUUCAAGUUUUGAAUAUUUCAUAAAAUUGAUUUUCGAAAAAAAACAACAAAAAGAACACAUUUGUAAUCAAAACUUUAAAUGAUCAGUGAUGAAUAUGAUUAAAAAAAAAAAAAAACCAUGUACAUUUUUAAUAUAUUAAAAAUUUUAACAAAGA